AGAGUCUGACUGAACAACACUUCUCUCCUAACUGGAGUUGCGGCGUCUUCAUUUGGGUCUUUUUAGUUUAACUUAACACUCGUGUUGGGACCGAAAAGGAUUACAGAUGCAUUAAACGAUGGUUUUCAAAGAGUUAUUCAUGUAAUUCUGUUGAUCCGAAGGCUGUUUAUUCAGAAAAUCAGGCAGAAAUUAAGGACGACAGAGAUUGAGAGAUUCUCCACGAUGAGGCACAUUGCAGUUGUUUAUGGCAGCCUUUUAACUUUAACGCUGCUCGCUGACGGUGUGUUAAGCAGUGCCGAAUGCUCGUGUGGAAGAAAUCACUUCACAUGUGCAGUCAGUGCGUUUGGAGAGUGUACAUGCAUCCCUGCACAGUGGCAGUGUGACGGCGACAACGACUGCGGUGAUCACAGCGACGAGGAUGGCUGCAUAUUGCCCACCUGCUCGCCGCUGGACUUUCACUGUGAUAAUGGGAAAUGUAUUCGUCGCUCAUGGUUGUGUGACGGAGACAACGAUUGUGAGGACGACUCGGAUGAACAGGACUGUCCUCCGCGGGAAUGCGAGGAAGAUGAAUUUCACUGUCAGAAUGGAUAUUGUAUCCGGAGUCUUUGGCACUGUGAUGGAGAUAAUGACUGCGGUGAUAACAGUGAUGAACAGUGUGAUAAAAGGAAAUGUUCAGAUAAAGAGUUUCGCUGCUCAGAUGGCAGCUGUAUAGCAGAACAUUGGUACUGUGAUGGAGACACAGACUGCAAAGAUGGAACGGAUGAAGAGAACUGCCCGUCCGAGGUGAUGGCAGCCACAUGCAGCGUCGAGGAGUUUCAGUGCGCAUACGGCCGAUGUAUUCUGGACAUCUACCACUGUGAUGGAGACGAUGACUGUGGAGAUUGGUCCGAUGAAUCUGAUUGCUCCUCGCACCAGCCGUGCCGCUCGGGCGAGUUCAUGUGUAGCAGUGGAAUGUGUAUAAAUGCCGGUUGGAGGUGUGACGGAGAAUUCGACUGUGACGACCAAUCAGAUGAAAGGAACUGCAGUACAUCGAUGUGCAUGGCCGAUCAGUUCCGCUGUAUGUCGGGUCGAUGUGUGCGGUUGUCAUGGCGCUGUGAUGGUGACGAUGAUUGUUCUGAUGGCAGUGAUGAAGAGGGAUGUGAAAAGACAGAAACUCCUCUGUGUGCUGCGGAUCAGUUCUUGUGCCAGCACGGCCGCUGCAUCGGUCAGAGAAAGGUCUGUAAUGGUGUCAUUGACUGUGAAGAUGGAACUGAUGAACAUCCGCAUCAGGACUGCCGUUCCAAAUCUAAUGAGGAAAACUGUAAUGUGAACAAUGGAGGUUGUUUACAGAAGUGUCACAUGUCACGAGGUUUGGUUCAGUGUACGUGUCAUACAGGCUACACGCUAGCACAGGACGGCAGGACAUGCCGCGAUGUGGAUGAAUGUGCAGAUGAAGGUUAUUGUAGUCAGGGCUGUACUAACACUGAAGGAGGUUUCCAGUGCUGGUGCGUACAAGGUUACGAGUUGCGGCCAGACAAACGCAGCUGCAAGGCUUUGGGUCCAGAACCGGUUCUGUUAUUCGCAAAUCGGAUUGAUAUCCGUCAGGUUCUGCCACACCGCUCGGAGUACACGCUGUUACUGAAUAAUCUGGAGAAUGCCAUCGCACUGGACUUUCAUCACAACAGAGAGAUGGUGUACUGGUCUGAUGUAACACUGGACCGGAUUAUGAGGGCCAGUCUCAAUGGCAGCAAUGUGGAGGAGGUCGUGUCCACCGGUCUCGAAAGCCCAGGUGGUCUUGCCAUCGACUGGAUUCAUGAUAAGCUGUACUGGACCGACUCUGGCACUUCUCGUAUCGAAGUGUCGAACCUGGACGGCACACACCGGAAAGUGCUUUUGUGGCAGAGCAUGGAGAAACCACGGGCCAUUGCUCUGCACCCUAUUGAAGGCAAGAUUUAUUGGACGGACUGGGGGAACAUGCCACGCAUCGAAUACGCCAACAUGGACGGUUCCGGUCGCAGAAUAAUAGCUGACACGCACCUGUUCUGGCCCAAUGGACUCACCAUAGACUACGCCAGUAACCGCAUGUACUGGGUUGAUGCCAAACACCAUGUGAUUGAACGGGCCGAUCUGGACGGGAGGAACAGAAAAGCCGUCAUUAGCCAGGGUCUCCCCCAUCCGUUUGCCAUCACUGUGUUUGAGGAUAAUCUGUACUGGACAGACUGGCACACCAAGAGUAUCAACAGUGCAAACAAAUUUACUGGCAAGAACCAGGAGGUGAUCCGAAAUAAGCUGCAUUUCCCCAUGGACAUCCACACGUUGCACCCACAGAGACAACCUGCAGGAGGAAGAAAUCACUGUGGAAACAAUAAUGGGGGUUGCAGUCACCUGUGUCUGCCGAGCAAUAAGACCUUCACCUGCAUGUGUCCUACAGGAUUUAAGAAGGUGGACAAGUACAACUGUGCUGAGAGUCUUGACAAGUUCCUGCUUUUUGCCCGAAGGACGGACAUCCGACGAAUCAGCUUCGACACUGAAGAAAAGAUGGACGAUGUCAUUCCUCUGGCCGACGUCAGGAACGCUGUGGCUUUGGACUGGGACUCCAGCGAGCGUUACAUUUACUGGACUGAUGUCACCACCGACUCCAUCAACCGAGCAAAAUGGGAUGGAAGCAAACAGGAGGUUGUGGUGGACUCAAGUCUGGAAAGUCCCGCAGGUCUUGCUAUAGAUUGGCUUACACACAAACUCUACUGGACGGAUGCAGGCACGGAUCGGAUCGAAGUUUCAAACACAGAUGGAAGUAUGCGCACCGUGCUCAUCUGGGAAAAUCUCGACCGUCCCCGGGACAUCGUCGUUGACCCGAUCGGAGGAUUCAUGUACUGGACAGAUUGGGGUGCGAAUCCAAAGAUUGAGCGUGCAGGUAUGGACGCGUCUGACCGCACCGUUAUCAUCUCAACCAACCUGACCUGGCCUAACGGCUUAGCAAUUGACUAUCAGACAAAGAGACUCUACUGGGCCGAUGCCAGCGUCAAAACCAUUGAAUUUGGCAACUUUGAUGGAUCUGGCAGACAGGUGUUGAUUGGCAGUCAGCUGCCGCAUCCCUUUGGUUUGACUCUACAUGAAGACAGAAUUUACUGGACGGACUGGCAGUCCAAGAGCAUUCAAAGCGCAGACAAGCUCACGGGUUUAGAUCGAAAAACACUCGCUGAGAACCUGGAGAACCUCAUGGACAUUCACAUGUUCCACCAUCAUCGAACUACAGUCCAGACGCCGUGCUCGGUGAAUAACGGAGGCUGCAGUCACUUGUGUCUUCUGUCACCUGCCCCUAAAUCCUCGAGCUGUGCCUGUCCCACCGGCAUCAACCUGCAGGCAGACGGGAAGACGUGCACUCACGGAAUGAACAGUUUCCUCAUCUUCGCCCGCCGGACAGAUAUCCGUAUGAUUUCUCUGGACAUACCUUACUUUGCUGACGUUGUCCUGUCAGUCAGUACAUCCAUGAAAAACACGAUUGCCAUCGGGGUGGAUUCUGUAGAAGGUAAAGUGUAUUGGUCAGACAGCACAUUAAAGAAGAUCAGCAGAAGCAAUAUUAAUGGUACAGAACAUGAAGAAAUCGUCUCAAACGGUCUGGUAACCACUGACGGUCUGGCCGUGGAUUCGGUGGGAAGGAAGAUUUACUGGACGGACACCGGGACAAAUCGCAUCGAGGUGGCCAAUCUUGACGGCUCUAUGAGAAAAGUGCUUGUGUGGCAGAACCUGGACAGUCCGCGUGCUAUUGCUCUGUACCAUGAGAUGGGGUUCAUGUUCUGGACUGACUGGGGUGAACCUGCCAAGUUGGAGCGCUCGGCCAUGGACGGAUCGGAGCGUGUGGUACUGAUCAAUAAUAAUUUGGGCUGGCCGAAUGGACUGGCUAUAGACCGAGUGUCUUCUCAGCUGCUGUGGGCUGAUGCACAUACUGAGAGGAUUGAAACGUCAGAUCUGAGUGGUUUAAACCGCAGGACGCUGGUAUCUCCUGUUCAGCAUCCGUAUGGAUUAACACUGCUGGGACCUCACAUGUACUGGACAGACUGGCAAAGCAGAAGUAUUCACCGAGCUGAUAAAGACACCGGAGAAAAUGCCAUCAUCAUCCGCUCCAACCUACCCGGACUCAUGGACAUACAGGCUGUGGACCGCUCCAGACCUUUGGGCUUAAAUAAAUGUAGCCGGAGAAACGGCGGCUGUACUCACCUGUGUCUUCCUCGUCCUAAUGGGUCGUCCUGCGCGUGUCCCACCGGUAUCCUGCUGAAGAGUGACAGGAGGUCCUGCGAUCCCCUCCCGGAAACAUACCUGCUCUUUUCAAACCGCGUCAGUGUUCGAAGAAUCUCUCUGGACACGAACGACCACACAGACGUGCACGUCCCUGUACCCGAGUUACAUAAUGUCAUAUCACUGGAUUAUGACAGCGUUGAUGGGAAGCUGUACUACACAGAUGUAUCACUAGAUGUUAUCAGACGGGUGAAUUUAGAUGGCAGCAGCAUGGAGACUGUGAUCAGUCAGGGUCUGAAGACCACCGAUGGACUCGCUGUGGACUGGGUGGCUCGUAACAUGUACUGGACAGAUACGGGCCGUAACACCAUUGAAGUGGCUCAUUUAGAUGGCACGUCCCGGAAAGUUCUGGUGAACAACAGUCUGGAUGAACCGAGAGCUAUCGCUGUGUUCCCGAGCAAAGGGUUCUUGUUCUGGACGGAUUGGGGUCACAUCGCAAAGAUCGAGCGAGCUCAUCUGGACGGUUCUGACAGGAAGGUUCUCAUCAACACGGAUCUGGGCUGGCCGAACGGACUGACGCUGGACUACGACACACGCAGGAUCUUCUGGGUGGACGCUCACCUGGACCGCAUUGAAAGCUCUGACUUGAACGGCAAACUGCGUCAGGUCCUGGUCAACCCUGUCUCACACCCGUUUGCUCUCACGCAGUUCAAACCGGUCUCCUCUCCAUUAACUCCUUUUUCCCGAAUCUCACAGCAAGACCGCUGGAUUUACUGGACGGACUGGCAGACCAAGUCAAUUCAGCGUGUAGAUAAGCACACAGGUCGUAGUAAAGAGACCGUGCUGGCUAAUGUUGAGGGUCUCAUGGACAUCAUAGUGGUGUCGCCACAACGCCAGACGGGUACGAAUUAUUGUGCUGUGAAUAACGGUGGUUGCACACAUCUGUGUCUGGCGAGGAGUAACAGUUUUGUAUGUGCGUGUCCAGAUAACCCUGACGGUCGGCCCUGUUCAACCAUCUCUGGUUACGUUCCAACUCCAGCUGAUAAGGGAACAGCAGCGACUCAAGCUCCUAACAAGCUGCCCAAGGGCCCUACCCAGAAAUCUGUUCAUCCAGUGGUCAAUUGCACAGAUUCGAGUCUUCAUGACUGUAUUCAAAACAAUGUUGUGUCUGCCCCACGCGAUGCCGGGCCUCAUAUCAGCUAUGUGAUUGGUGGAGCUUUGACGAUCUUAGCUAUUCUUAUACUGAUCAUAGCGUUUAUUAUUUACAGACACAAAAAGUUAAAGUUUGCCGAUCCAGGAGUGAGUAACCUGACCUACAGUAACCCAUCAUACAGAACCUCAACACAGGAGGUGAAAAUAGAGACCAGCGCCCAGAAACCAAUGAUAAACAACACGCUGCGAUAUAAAAAAGAGGUCCAGGGUGUCGGGGACGGGGGUUACACUAAAGAGAAGAUCCGGAUCGUGGAAGGAGUGUGUCUGCUCUCAGGAGAAGAUCUUUACUGGGAAGAUUUAAGACAGCUGAAGAUGUGUCGGGGGGCGGGGCUUCACACCUGUAUACGUACAGAUACCGUAUCUCUGCAGGCGAGCUCCGCCUCUCUGAACGACGGGGAGACGGAGCAACUCUUGCAGGGCGACCAAUCGGAGUGCUCGAGUCUCAACACCGCUCCCGCCGUGACGCCUCAACGUCACGGAGCGCAUCCCGACACCGGCUGGGUUCCCAACCGCAAAGCCUCCACUGAGAGCGAAGUGUGAAUAUGUACAUAACAUACAGACUUCUGAUAGACAUAAACUCUGUUGGAUGCUUAUUUACAGAUCUGUCCGGAUCCGUGCGACCUUUAGAAAUGAACGUGCCAUACGUACUUUAAUAGAGACUAAACCACACAUACAGACUCAUGACGGAUGUCACAUACUGUACAUCAUCUCCUGAUCAUCAUACAUUUUUAAUUUAUGAAACAAGCUGAAGCCUGCUGGAGUCAAAGAACUGAAGAAAUAAACACUGACGGAUAUUUUGAGCCUUUUUGUACACAAGUGAAACGUUCGCUAAUGCAACGCUUAUUACAAUAUUAUCAGUUCAGCAUCCAGCAGUCAUCUCUGUCAUCAUCAAACCUUUGUAUUUAUAAACUUUUGUACAUUUCAUCGGGUUUAAAUGUUUUUAUUGUUCGGUUUUAAGUAGUUUUUUAAAGUAUUUGGACUGUUAAAUGAUUCAGUGAUGUAUUGGAUUUUGUGAUGGUGCCAAAGGACAGAGUUUACACACACCUGAAGAAUCUGUUUUAUUUCUAAUAAACGACGGUCCACAUUUCUAGAGUUACAGUAAUGUUGAAGUCAGUGUUUGGAUCUUUGUAAUGAUUUGGUGCAGGCAUUUCACAGUUAAAUAAAUGAACGGACUCUGUACAGCACUUUACACAUACAACCAUUGUCUUUUACAGAAAGUCAACACAUCCGCUCAUUAUUCAUCUCUAUAUCUGUACAAACAUAUUUGCAUAGAGAUAAUGAAGCCUAUUUUAAGUGCUGUUAGGAUUUGUUGAUGUUAAACAUUAUGGGGAGGUUUCCCGGACAGGGUUUAGAUUAAUCCAGGACUAGGAUUAGUUAUUUAAACAGCUUUUACAAACAAACCUUACAAAAACACUACUGCUGUGCAUCUUCAGACAAAACAUUGUUAGUGAUAAAUUUUAAGAUGCGUCAGUGCAAGAUGUUUUCAGUUAAAGGGGACAUAUCAUGAAAAUCUGACUUUUUAUAGCAUGUUUAAGUGCUGUAAUUGGGUCCUCUGUGCUUCUAUCAAACUUGAAAAUGUGAAAAAGUUCAAACCAGUUACUUAGUUUUGGUAAAACAUUCUCCAUGUGAAAAAAUAGCUUAUUGAAAUUUGUCUCCCCUUGUGAUGUCAGAAGGGGAUGUUAUUGUAGUAAUACUGCCCCUUAAUCUGAACUAGCGAACCACGGCACUGCCAUUUAGUGCAGAUAAAGAAAGAGAGAGAGAAAUAAUUAAUAGCACAAUUGAGAUUCAAUUUCAAUAAACCACCAUUAUGGUGAUCAGUGUUUGCAUAUAAUCAGCUCAUUAUGGUGAUCUGUAUUUGCAUAUAUUCAGCUCAUUAUGGUGAUCUGUGUUUGCAUAUAAUCAGCUCAUUAUGGUGAUCUGUAUUUGCAUAUCAUCAGCUCAUUAUGGUGAUCUGUAUUUGCAUAUCAUCAGCUCAUUAUGGUGAUCAGUGUUUGCAUAUAAUCAGCUCAUUAUGGUGAUCUGUAUUUGCAUAUAUUCAGCUCAUUAUGGUGAUCUGUGUUUGCAUAUAAUCAGCUCAUUAUGGUGAUCUGUAUUUGCAUAUCAUCAGCUCAUUAUGGUGAUCCGUGUUUGCAUAUAAUCAGCUCAUUAUGGUGAUCUGUGUUUGCAUAUAAUCAGCUCAUUAUGGUGAUCUGUGUUUGCAUAUCAUCAGCUCAUUAUGGUGAUCUGUGUUUGCAUAUAAUCAGCUCAUUAUGGUGAUCUGUGUUUGCAUAUCAUCAGCUCAUUAUGGUGAUCUGUGUUUGCAUAUCAUCAGCUCAUUAUGGUGAUCUGUAUUUGCAUAUCAUCAGCUCAUUAUGGUGAUCUGUGUUUGCAUAUAAUCAGCUCAUUAUGGUGAUCUGUAUUUGCAUAUAAUCAGCUCAUUAUGGUGAUCUGUGUUUGCAUAUCAUCAGCUCAUUAAGGUGAUCUGUAUUUGCAUAGCAUCAGCUCAUUAUGGUGAUCCGUGUUUGCAUAUAAUCAGCUCAUUAUGGUGAUCUGUGUUUGCAUAUAAUCAGCUCAUUAUGGUGAUCUGUGUUUGCAUAUCAUCAGCUCAUUAUGGUGAUCUGUGUUUGCAUAUCAUCAGCUCAUUAUUGUGAUCUGUAUUUGCAUAUCAUCAGCUCAUUAUGGUGAUCCGUAUUUACAUAUCAUCAGCUCAUUAUGGUGAUCUGUGUUUGCAUAUAAUCAGCUCAUUAUGGUGAUCCGUGUUUGCAUAUCAUCAGCUCAUUAUGGUGAUCUGUGUUUGCAUAUCAUCAGCUCAUUAUGGUGAUCUGUAUUUGCAUAUCAUCAGCUCAUUAUGGUGAUCCGUAUUUACAUAUCAUCAGCUCAUUAUGGUGAUCUGUGUUUGCAUAUCAUCAGCUCAUUAUGGUGAUCUGUGUUUGCAUAUCAUCAGCUCAUUAUGGUAAUCUGUGUUUGCAUAUCAUCAGCUCAUUUGCAUUUAAAAAGACACACCCAAAAACGGCACAUUUUUGCUCACACCUACAAAGUGGCAGUUUUAAUAUCUUUUAAUAAAUUUUCUGUGGGGUAUUUUGAGCUAAAAUAGUCAUCUUAAAAUAGUCUUGAAUUAUCCCCUUUAAGACUUGCAUUUUAGUCUGGGACUAGACUUAAGCCCUGUCCGGGAGUUUUAACAAAAAAUCUGUCCUCGAAAUUGUAAUGCAAAAAAUAUUAUUUAUUGUUCUGCCCAUAUGCUGUUAAUAAUAAAAACAUGGUAUUUCUUGAUAUUUGCUUAAAAUCUAAUUUUGGGGUGAGAAAAUAGACCUGCACAUGUUUUCCUGAGAUUCAGCCGAUCACGGCAUUCUUUUUAUUUUUUUGGAUGUAUCGAGUGAUGUCUUCAAAUGUUUGUUUUGUGUUAGAGAUUUGUGUGUUUGACUUCUCACAUGCAUGUUGAAGUUUCAAUAAUCCUCCAGGUUUAUGAUCUGCUGCUAUAACACGCCACAGGUGUUUUAUUGCUCUGGACGGCUCAAGUCAACCAGAGUUUAGUGCUGUUUAGUCUACAGUAGUUAACUUUUAGCCAACCGCUCCUUUUUAUUCUUUCAGAAAAAAGAUUUUGCAAUGGAGUAAACAACGGUUGAUUUAGUGUACAGGAUGUCUUUUGCAUUAAUUUGAUUGUUUUUAAUGAUAUAACCACUUCAGUCGUUUCUAGAGAACGAUAGGGUCGCUGCCAGUUAUUUAACAGAGUGCUUUAUUGUUCCAGAAAUAUCAGUCAUGUGUAUAACUGCUGUAAGUUAACUGAGAUAUUUAUAAUUUCUGUGUUUGGUUGUAAUUUGUAUGUAAAUAUGAAGAUGCUGUAUAUGUAGUUCACUUUUGCAAUACUAACCAGCUGUCUGACAGUGAUGUAUUCUGCUGUUUUUCUAUCUUUAAUAUAAAACCGCAUUUGCUUUUAAA